AUGCGCCUAGGCAAAUACAAAACAGUAUUUCCUCCCUUCAAACCUUCCAACGAAAAAGGAUCUUUAAGUCAAAGUAUUCACAACAUUUGGGUUAUCGUGGUGGGAAAUACUGACCGCGCCAAAUUGCUGGAAACUCUCUAUGGCUCAAGCCUCAGUGACGCUGACCGUCUACACCACCUUCUGAAUCUGGCGCUCAAUUUGGCUUCAUCGCUUAAAAACUUUACGUGGGCAAGUAGUCAUUUUUCAGCAAGUUUCUACCGACAUCAAACGCACUGCCCCGCGACCGGUGGUUCCUUCUUUUGGGCCAAGGGGGGGGUUGGGUUUAGCGAAUUCCAGACAAGAUUCGGAUUCUCCAACCGCGCCGAUUCGGCCAUUCGACUAUUUGAUCAUGCUAUAUCACCAUGGCGGGAAGACUUUGACAAUCUGUAUGCACCCGUGUCUACAAGUCCAGUCUAUGCAAUUUCGUCCCGUUCAGAACGUUGGGCGGCCCUGGAGCCUUACUGGCAAAAUAAUUUUGGCGGGGACUUCGCAGCCGCUAGGCUUAUUCGUGUACUGGUGGAUCAAGGAUUUUUUCGCCUAGCUCAACUUUUUCAAGGAAGUCUACUUAAAUCUUUGACUCCAUACCCGAUUGGGCCGAGCCAGGUUUUGCGCUAUUACGCCACCAGCCACGCCUGGGUUUCUAAUGCUUAUGAAGUAUCGGAGCUUAAGGAUGAUCGCAUUCGCUCAAUACUUGCUGAGUUCUCGGUGCCAGCAUUGCCUCUAUCCGGCUUAGGAGUUUCAAGCUGUCUCCCUCAGUCAAUGCUCCAGCAUAACGCUCUCUCUUCUGGCCAUCGGCUUCAACACCUAUACGGUGCUCAGUCGAUACUGGAUAACCGAUUUUCAGGCCUUUUUCUAGUGCACUCGAAUAAGACUCAGUUUUAUUUUUUGAGCUGGAGCCUCAAACGGCGGCCAACGUCCGCUAUGGCUAUAGUGGUUUUCCACAUUGUUAGAGUUGUGAUUUUCAGGUGUCUAUGGCUACAUCGGAAUGAUAUUCGCUUUCACGACUUCCAAGCCAAUGUUAUGAACGACCAAGCUCUAGUCAAGGCCGUCGUAGAGCUCCACAAUGAGCGAUACUAUCAAAAUCUUGUUUUUGGACCUCUGAGACAUUCAGGACUUAAACAGCGUGGUCUGCAAGAGCUGUUGGCAAGCCCUCACCUAUCUGAAGCCCUUCCAUUGUGUCCCAAGGCUGUGGAUCAUUAG